AUGGUGGCACCUUUAUCCAUCAAGGAUUUCACCGCUCUGAUGGAGAAGGCCAAAGUAAUGGAGAAGAUGAAGAACGAAGUGGAGGGCCAGAGGCCUCAACAGUCACAAAGGGUAGGCGGACCAUCUGGGUUCAAACCCAGACAUGAGGAGCGGAGGAGACCAUAUGACAGACCUCCCCAUCAGCCCCAAGGGUUUAGGGGUCUUCCUCCUCAGCAGGGUCGCGUGCAGUGUUACAUAUGUAGGGGUCCUCACCUGAGGAGUGCCUGCCCACGUAUGGAGGGUUAUCGCAGAUGCAACAACUGUGGCAAGGAGGGCCACUUUAGGAAAGAUUGUCCCACUCUUGCUAGGACAGCGCCACGCCCUCCGAUUCAGGCUUCUCACCAGCAUCAGCGGAGAGACAGGGGCAACAGGCCUCAGGCGACGGGCCGAUGUGAACUCGUGGUAUCUACUCUGGUAUCAGGUUUGGUCAGGACGUCGUCCUUGUGUGCUAGGUGUCCUGUGGAGGUGGAGGGAAGCAGAUAUAAGGUGAAUCCGAUAUGUCUACCUCUCCAAGAGUUAGAAGUAAUCCUAGGGAUGGAUUGGCUCUCUGCCAACCGCAUCCUUAUAGACUGUCGGGAGAAGAGGUUGUUGUUUCCCGAGUCAAAGGAGCUUGAGUUGGUGUCUCCUCAGGGGGUGGUGAGGGAGUGGGGGAGAGAGAGACCAUCAGUUAUACCUGUGGUACACGAGUUUGAGGACGUGUUUCCGGAUGAAGUACCUGGGUUACCUCCCAACAGAGAGGUGGAGUUCUCUAUUGACCUAGUACCGGGGACAGGUCCGGUGUCGAUGGCUCCAUACCGCAUGGCUCCGGCAGAGUUGGUGGAACUCAAGAAACAGAUAGAGUAA